GUCAAAGGCAGGGGGAUCCCCGGGAGAAAGGGGCACGAACGGGGGGUGCAAUGGCCGGAGGGAGCCCAGGAGAAGGGGAGACCCCAAGAUGGGGGUUCUUCAAGGAGAGAAGAGUCCCCAAGGGGGGCUCCAAAGGCAGGAGGAGCCCAGGGAGAAGGGGGGUCCCCUAUGGAGGGAGGGAGCCCCCACAGAAACAGGGGUCCCUAAGGACUUGGGGUCCCCCCAAGUGGGGGUCUCCAGCAGAAGGAGAUCCCCAGGUAAAAUGAGUCCCCAAGGUGGGACAGUCUCUGCAGCGAGGAGGUCCCCAGGGAAGGCAGCCUGCCAUGGAUAAUGGUCCCCAAGGGGGGAUUACAGCUGCACCUUCACCUACUCGGCCCAGGGAGGGACCAACGAGCAAUGGCAGAUGAACGUUGGGAUCAGCGAGGACAACGGGCUCUUCUCCUGCUCCAUCUGGAGGCCCCAGGGGAAGUCUUAUCUCUUCUUUACCCAGUUUAAAGCUGAAGUGAAAGGAGCCAAGAUAGAGUAUGCCAUGGCUUAUUCUCAGGCUGCUGUGGGUGCCCAGAACGACAUCCCCUUAAAACAGGAAGAGUUUGAAGUCACCGAAACAACAGUGUCUCACAGGGAAGGCAAGUUCCGUUUUGAACUGUCCAAGCUCAUGAUUGUAGCAAAAACACCCCGUGACGAGCUGUGACCCCCGAGGCCAGCCCUGGGCAGCCUCGGGCAGCCUGGGCAGCAGUUUUGGCCAGAAGGACGUGGCAGGAACAGAGGAUUCCUGGUUUAAAUGAGGGGUUUUGGUUUUUUUUCUUUUUGGGGUUGGCCAAACUUAUCUGUUUUUCAAUACUGAAACGUGCUGGGGUCCGACACGAGUGGGGCUUGGAGGUGUGAGAGGGCACAUUUAAUUCUGUCUUGUGUCAGAGUAACAACGUGCUUUUGCAGCUGGAAACCUCCCUGGAGAUUCCUGAUCCACAGGCAGCCAUUCUGGGCCCUCCUCCUGCUUGGCUGAUCUGCUGAAUGUGGCACAGGGGGCUCCUUAUCUCCCUUGCUGGGAAGAGCAGUGCAGGAAGAUAAGUGAGUGGCUGGAUUUAAGCAGGGUUUGCUGAAGGGAAGUUGUUAACUCUGUAGCCUCUGGAGGGGAGAUGGGAUUUCUCCCUCCACCAGCGUGGCAGGAGGAAAUAAUUCACUUAGGGAGGAGGAGAGAAUGGAGUUGGCCAAAGCUCUCUUGAGACUCUUUAUGGAGAGAUCAUCCCUGGGGUGGAUGCCCUGGACCUGCCAGAGCUGGGUUGGGAUGGCUUGGAUGGGGGGGAAGGCAGAGCAGCUUAUUCUGACACAACCAGGAAUCAAUCCAAGCAGCACUUCCACGUCUCAGCACAACCACAGGACUGUUUUAUACCUACAGGAAAAGUGAUUUUUUUUUUUUCUUAUCCAGAGUAAUAACAGGGAAUGUGCAAUUCCUUUCCUGUGUAAAUCCAGCACAAAUAAAGCAAUGAAGCAGUGUGCUCUGGC